AUGAUGACUCCUUUUGUGACAGCAAAACUUGGUGGUAAAUUUGUGACAGUGGAUGCAUCUGGGUUACUGGUUUCAACAUUGCAAGUUGUUCUUGUUCCUGUUCUGGUUGGUGCAUUUCUGAAUCAGUUUUUCCAACCAAUUGUGAAAGUUGUCUCUCCAAUGAUGCCAGCCUUUGCAGUAACAAGUGUGGCAAUUUUAUGUGGGAAUGCUAUUGCUCAGAGUUCUUCAGCAAUCCUUGUGUGUGGUGAAGUCAUUUUAGCCACCUUUCUUCUUCAUGCUUCUGGCUUUUUCUUUGGUUACGUUUUUUCAAGAUUCAUUGGCCUAGAUUUCUCAUCAUCACGUACCAUAUCCACUCAUGUUGGCAUGAAGAAUUCAAUUCUUGGGGUUGUUUUGGCAAUGAAGCACUUUGGGGAUCCCCUGGCUGCUGUACCUGCUGCUGUUUCAACUGUGUCUCAGUCAAUCAUCGGUAGCAUCCUUGCACGAAUUUGGAGAAACUCUCACCAUGUUUAA